GCAUGGACGGGCAUGGGCGUGAGGGACGCCCCGCCGCCGCUCCCGCCGCCGCCGCCGCCGCUGCUGCUGCUGCUGCUGCUCAGCCUCGGGCUGCCCCCCGCAGGCCACUGCCAGCAGCCGGCCCAGUGCCGGAUCCAGAAGUGCACCACGGACUUUGUGUCCCUGACCGCGCACCUGAACUCUGCCCUCGACGGUUUCCACUCCGAGUUUUGCAAGGCCCUGCGUGCCUAUGCGGGGUGCACACAGCGGACAUCCAAAGCCUGUCGGGGCAACCUCGUGUACCACUCUGCCGUGCUGGGUAUCAGCGACCUCAUGAGCCAGAGGAACUGUUCCAAGGAUGGGCCCACAUCCUCCACUGACCCAGAGGUGACCCAUGAUCCCUGUAACUAUCACAGCCCUGACGGGGCCAGAGAACACAGAGAAGGGGAUGAGAGCCCCCCCAAUUAUCUUUUUUGUGGCUUGUUUGGAGAUCCUCACCUUAGGACUUUCAAGGAUCACUUCCAGACCUGCAAAGUGGAAGGGGCUUGGCCACUCAUAGACAAUAAUUAUCUGUCAGUCCAAGUGACAAAUGUACCGGUGGUCCCCGGAUCCAGUGCUACUGCUACCAAUAAGGUGACCGUCAUCUUCAAGGCCCACGGCGCAUGCACUGAACAGAAGGUGUACCAAGCAGUGACAGACGACGUGCCGGCUGCCUUCAUGGACGGCAGUGCAGGCGGCACCAGUGUCCGCGUCGAAGCACGGGAGGGCGGCCGUGUGGCCCUUCACGCGCGCCACCUCGCCAGCACCGUGCUGGUGCGCCAGCUGGGCCGCUACCUGACACUGGCUGUGCGCAUGCCCGCCUCGUUGGCUCUGGCCCACGACGACAGCCACGACCUGCAGCUGUGCGUGAGCGGCUGCCCCGCGGCUGAGCGCAUCGCUGACGGCCCGGGCACGGCGCAGGGCCCCGCAGGCUUCACACUGCAGAGCGCCCGCGCACGCUGUGGGGACACCAUGCCACAGCGAGACAUAUACUUCCAGUCGUGUGUCUUCGACCUGCUCACCACCGGCGACACCAACUUCUCAGCUGCCGCGCUCAGUGCCCUGGCGGACGUGCGGUUGCUGCACCCACGCCGUGAGCGCUGGCACCUGCCCCCGCGCAGUGGUCACGCGGAGCCCCCACAGCUGUGGGUGGGCGCGGGACUGCUGGCGAUCAUCUUGGCCCUGGCACUGUAGGGCCACGCCAUACCCAGCUCCAACUCCGACUUGCCCUAAGGGAUUGCGCUCCCCGAACAAAGGCGCAUGGGCCUGACCCUGCCCGGACUCUCACACCACCCUGCUGUGCGCGGGGCUUCCCCUCUGACUCUACCCGUUCUGUUUGGCCGUUUCGUGAAAUGUUUUAUAAUGCCCCCACCCGGGGGCCUGUUAGAAAGCACUUUAUUUUUUAUAUAUUAAAUAUUUAUGUGUGUACCUGGUUAGUAUGUACCAUGCGUAGGCGCAGCCCGUCCCCAGGGUCACUACUGGGAUCCCUUCCUGCCCCCUCUCUCCCAUUCUAGCCUUCCCUUGUUCCCCGUCUUCUGCCUGUUCUGCACUGGAAAGACGCGCUGAGCUGACACCCCAAGCAGGGGCGCCCCCGGGUUGAGCACCAUGGCUCCGUUUGAGGGCGAGCAUGUAUUCGGGCAGAUCCUACCAAACUACUGUUUCUCCAAGUCCAGGGGGCCAGUGAGGGUACUUGGACCACAGUACCUGGCAUCUCGCCAGCCCCCAGAUCCACACACCGUUGCCAAACUAGCUGCCCAUUUAGAUAAUGGCCUACCCUCUUUUAGUUCUCUCUUACGGUGAGCAAACAGUCUUGCAAUCUUGAUUUGUCUGGGGCGCCCCUUUUCGGUCCUCGCCCUCGGCUGCUGGGGUCCUAUUGUUGGAGAUGGGUUUUCGUGAGACCCAGAUGGGUUGCCGGCUUUAGCAUUUGACCUGUGAUGUCAGUCAGGUCUGCACUGCGGACAAUCCCAGGUCCCGUGGUGUGCCCAAGUCCACGUAGUCUAGGAAAGUGGGGCUGCUGCCAGGGCUCAGAAAUGCCCCCUCUUAUCCAUACAGCCUGGUGAAAUAUCCUUAGGGGUCAAAGUAUCUUCUUGUAUCUUCCAUCCUGUUGGCCUUCCCUUAUGAAGGAGAACAAGGAUGGCAGAAGGGAAGAUUCUUUCCAAGGCUUUUUAAUGUAUAGGCUAGGGUAAGGUUUUCAUUGUCUCUGGACGGGAAUCCACCGUUCUGAACUUGAUUCUAGUUUCCAUUGGUGCAAACUGAAGCUAGUGAACUUAGCUUUACCAUUGUAGAGUAAACAUCUGAAUUCUUUAGUUAUGAAGGAAUUAGCUCAGGACUAUGCUUAUUUGUAGCCAGAGCUUUUGUUUUCCUUUUGCCUUGUCUCAUCAGUUGGUGGUUCUGCCCAGCCAGAGGCCCAGGCUGGCAAGGAAAAAGGGUGAGACUUGGUGAUCCUCCACCAUGCAGAGUGCUAAGGCACCCCUACCCCCUCUCCAUAGCAGAGAGUCAUCCCACCAAGUAGGGAGAGAUCCAUCCACAUCCUAGUUGCAAAUCAAGGUUCAGUGCCCAGCAAGUUGGAGCCUAAACCCAUGAUGUCUUUCUGGAAACUGAGCAGGGCUACCCAGGACUGUUAGCUCUGAGCUCUGACUGCUUUGGUUCACCUCUGGAACAAUGUGCCAGGCUCUGAAGCUGUGACGAGCCAAGAGUUUUCUUUUAUAAAUUGAAUAGAACAAAGAAGGGAAAAUGGAAUAUUUCUAACCACUAUUUUUGUGCAACUAGUAUUCAGAGUGACGUAAAAACAGUAGUAGAAUCCGAUUCCGAUUGUAGGGGCAUUUUAUAUGAUUAAAAUCCCUUUCCCUGUCCAGGUGGGCAAAAGAUCUCUCUGCUACUUAAGAAUAUUGGCUGUUUGUCUCCUGGUGUUUUAGUUAGGAAGGAUGCAUAAGCAUCAUCCUGGAGCAUAGUAUUUGUUCCAGUGUAUUCUCCCACUCUUGGUGGCCCUGUACCAUGUUGGCCGUUCCCACAGGCAACUUUCCAAAAUGCAGAUAUUUCUCUUGAUAAAGAACAGAUUGGUUUUUCUCCUGUUUCUUUUCUAGGAUUUGUAGAGAAACUACUCCUUGGUUCUCAAAACCUUUCUCAAUCAGAAGUGUAUGGGGUUUGUACCCACCCAUGGGCAGCUGCUCAAAGGCCUCCUGGAAAAUACUUAAGACUUAGAGGAGAAACACUGGUUUUCACAGAUGCUCCACAUGGCUGUCUUUAAAAGACUCAGUAUUUUUUUUCCACCUUUUCUUAUGCUUGGAACCCCACCCCUGUGUUGUCGAGUCUUUGCAAAGAAACCUUUAGAUGUGGUUCAUAGGUAUAUGAAUAAGUAUCUGUGUAAAACAGUGAGUGUGCAGUGUGUAAAUACUUUAAAUUAUUAUGCUAGAAAAAUAAAAUGACAUGCCAUGCUGUGAAA